AGCAGACGGAAAAGACGGUGCUUCUCUUUCUCUCUCAUAAAGAUCGACCAUUCCCGGAAGUUUGAGGCGGCUGUUCCUUUAGUGGAGCCUCCGCUCUCUAUGAUCCUGGCGGAAGAACGUGGGGCUCCAUAUUGACUCGCAGGCAAAAAAGGCGGCUUUGCCUUCUUUCCCCUCCCAAAAUAAAAUGGAGGCGAUGAGAUCGGCGUGAGCUUAAACAGCUGGGGUGGGAGCAGCAUUGAGGAGUUUUACCGCUUCUAAUACUGACAGCUACUAUACUGCCAAAAUGACAUCUACCUCGGCACAAUUUCGGCCAUCUGAGAAUGCAUGCAGAUCAUCACUUGAACCAGUCAAACAGGUACGACCAAAAUUGCCACUGCUGAAAGUUCUGCAUGCAGCAGGUGCUAAGGGUGAAACUUUUACGUUAAAAGAGUGUAUGAUCUAUCUUGGAGAGUACAUUGCACAGAAACAGUUGUAUGACAGAGAACAGCAGCAUAUGGUACACUGUGGAAAAGACCAGCUGGGGGAGCUUUUGGGCUGUCAGAGUUUUUCUGUAAAAGAACCACGCCUUGUUUAUGAUAUGCUGAGAAGGAAUGUCACUCUUGCCAGUACUACAGAUGCUGCACAGACACUUGCUUUCACAAAGGAUCAGAGCGAGGAUAAUCCAAGUCAAGAUCGGCUGAAGCAGAAUAACAGAGAGAGCAGUUUCAGCACUGAACAGGAAGACCAUGAAGGUGAUUUAUCUUCCUUAAACCAUACAUACCAUAUAAGCAAGGAGAAAGAAGAUGGUGUACUGAUAGAUAACCUUUCAAAAGAGCAAACCACAUUGGAUUUGUUGGUUGAAGAAUGGGAUGUAGCUGGCCUUCCAUGGUGGUUUUUAGGGAAUCUGAGAAACAAUUACAAGUCCAGAAGCAAUGAUUCAACAGAUAUACAUACAAAUAAGGAUGUGGAUACUGCUGUUGUUUCAGAUACUACAGAUGACUUGUGGUUCCUCAAUGAAGCCACUUCAGAUAACUUUAGUGUCACAGUCCCAUCAAAAAUAGUUGAUUGUGAACAAGUUAAUGAAGAAAGAAAAGAAGAUAAUAAAGUAAUGAAUGAAACAGCAUCUUCUGAUGAUCUUGAAGAUUCUCAGUUUUUAAGUGAUGAUACAGAUACUGAUGUUCCCUCUGAGCAGGACAGUUGGCAGUGUAUCAAAUGCAAGAAGUUCAAUUCUCCCAUUAAACGGUAUUGCUUCCGCUGCUGGGCCUUAAGAAAAGACUGGUUCUCUGAUUGUCCCAGGCUAAUACAAUCAAUGUCUACAUCUAACAUUGCUACAAUUCACGGUAAAGAAGACCCGAAAGGCAUAGAUGUCCCAGAUUGCCGAAGGACAAUAUCUGCUCCAAUUGUACGUCCUAAAGACUUAUGCAGUUCAAUGGCAAAGCCCAACCUGUCCUCUAAAAGCUCCAUGGAUUCUUUGGAUCUAGCCUUGGGAUGUGAAGACAAAGAACCUUCUCUGCGGUUUGUUAAGUGCACAGAAAAAGAAGUGCAACCUCUUGAAAAUAGCAAAGAAUUACUGAAGCCUUGCCUUGUGUGCCUGAAGAGGCCGCGGAAUGGGAAUAUUGUCCACGGAAGGACAGCUCACUUGGUGGCCUGUUUCACUUGUGCAAAACGAUUGAAGAAAGCACGAUCAGUUUGCCCAGUCUGUAAAAAACAGAUUCAGAUGGUGAUUAAGACAUUCAUAACAUAGCUGUGUUAUUUGUUUGGAUACUAUGGACAUUUGGUAUUCAGCUGUUAUAAGAAAAUUCUGCAUGCUAAGAGUGUAUUGUUCAAGGAAAGUAAAUAAUAUAUUUUAUUCUGAACUUACGAAAGGAAUAAUUUAUUUCUCACCAUUAAAUAUAACACAAAAACAUAUCUCAUGAAUCUUAUUUCUCAGCCAUUUCAAUUUUGGAAGACAGCUGGAAUAAAUUGGAAUUUUAAAAGUUACGUUUGGAAUCACAAUCAAAUUUUGUUCAUGCUUAGACCAUAUGAUAACUGUAAGUUAAGUAAUAUGUGUAAAGAUGUCAACUGUAAAAUCAACAAGUCUUAUUGCUGAAUGUUGCCAGUAUGUUUUUUUCUUAUCAUUUCUAAAGCGCACAAUUAAUAUUUCUUUGGAGUUUUUUGCACUGUCUUUUUAAGUAAACAAGAAAUUUUUGGAUAUGUGAAAAAGCUAUAUAGAUGAUAGGUUUGUAUCCUAUUAUAAAUUAUAGAUAUAUCAGUUCAAGGCCUUAUUUAAACAUUGCUCUUUACAAAAUCUCUGUUCAGGAGCUGAUGUCCCCAGAUCUUUUGAUGUUCCUAUAAUAUUAACUUAAGUAGUAGAACAUUCUACAUUAAAACUGUGAAAUUUCUCUCUCAAAAGAGAGAACAGUUGAUGCUCACUGAAACAAUGUAUAUAAAGUGGCAGUGGACUUUUCAAAGUUUGAAAGUAGCACAGUAUUUCUCCAUAGAGAAAUGCAUUUUUCCUCUAUUGCUCACAUGGAAACUUAAUUUAUUUUUAUUCUUUCUGAUUACCUUAAGCCAAAUGUAUAUUAAGUUGCUUUUUGCUGCUUCCAUGUUCCAAGUCCUUUUCUGUUGGAAGACAGUGAUACCGUGACUUUGAUUUUGGGAAGUAAACAUUGUUUCCAUCAACUCUUAAGUUUCCAUCAACUCUUACUAUAUGCCUUUGCUGCAUAUUUUGUCAAGGUGCUGAACUGGUGCAUGGUAGAAUGGGAUGUGAUCUCAUAGACUCAUCUUUGAAAUAAAGUUGUCAUUUAAGAAAGAUCCUUACUGUAUGCACAAUAAAAUAUCUAAAGAUUUA